GACGCCAACCUUUCAUUGCCUACGUGGCCGCCUGGGUAUCAGCAUCGGAACCGAGGAGGGAAUAGAAUACGCCUACCAGAUUUAUCAGUUUUCCGUCAAUUGCUUUGUGCGAAUCGAUACGGUCGGGCUCAUUGUCAAUCGAUUCGUCGUGUCGUGAAUAUAUCGUCAUUGUUGUGUUGUGUGACGUUCCCGCAUUCGGACACACAGGCAAAUAAUUCUUUCAAUCGAGAAUUAUCAAUUAAAAAAAAAAAAAAAAAGAAGAAUAAUCGUAACCGAUACAAAUUGGAAAACAAAGCAAGACAAUGUCGAAGGAUAAAAGUCUGUUGUCAGGCGUGAGCAAAUUAUUCACAGAGCAAACGCUCGAAGACAUAAUACGAAAAACGACCGGCGAAAAGGAUGUUAAAAUACUUAGCUGGGAUUUUGGUGAGGCGAGCAAAAAGGGCGACGGUUACUUGUCUAUUGUGGACAGAGUCACUGUUAAAGGCGAGGCUGGCGGAAAACCGGCAAGUGUAUCGCUCGUCGUUAAAUCGAUGCCGCAGAAUAUUGGCAGGAGGAAAACAUUCAGAAGUAAAGACUUCUUUUACAAUGAAAUCAUCUGUUACACUGAGAUCUUUCCAAAAUUCAACGACUUCUUGCACUCUAAGGGCUUGGCUGAUAUGAUCAUCGUACCUCGUUGCUUGGCAGCGGUCACAGAUGGAGAAAACGAUUACCUCGCUCUUGAAGAUGUCAGUAUUCUCGGAUUUGGUCCUGUGACUCGGCAAAAUACGUUAAAUUUGUCGCAAUGUGAACUGAUACUGAAGGCUCUGGCGAGAUUUCACGCUGUUUCAUUUGCAUACAAAGAUCAGAAGAAAGAAGAAUUUCAAAACUUAGCUGACAAGUUGCUAGAAACUUACUUCACUCCUGAACUAUACAAAUGGUACAUCAACUUCCAGGGAAGACUGUUCAAAAUUGCUAAGGAUGCGCUAGCCAAAGAAUACCCAGGUAGCAAAGCUGAGGAGAAAUUUAAUUCCUGGUCACGUCGAGAUUUCUACUUCAAGAGCGUAGAUUUCUGUAACAAAGUAUCUGCUGCAACUUCAGUUAUAACACAGGGGGACGCCUGGGCGCCAAACUUUUUAAUUCGUCAAUCGGACGGUGAUAAACAUCCAACUGCUCUUGCACUAGAUUUUCAGCUCUCGAGAGCCGCAAGCCCAGUUCUAGAUACUUCUUUCUUCAUAUACACAUGCACGGAAAAAAGUUUACGCGACGAUCAUUACGAACAUUUACUGAAAACAUAUCAUGACGAGAUCAGCAGGAGUAUCAGCUUGCUGGGAUCAAACCCUGAGAAAAUCUAUCCUUGGGAUUUAUUCAGGAAAGAGGUCCAGGAAUACAGCCUGCAUGGAGUUAAUUUUGCCAUUGAGGCCGUGCCAUUCUCGUUACUAGAUGCAGAUGAAGCAUUCGACUUGAAUAUAAUCAAGGGAGAUGAGGCAGUUGAUAUAUCUGAUGUUUGGACGAUAGAACCGAUAAAAUCUAAGGAAGGACGACGCCGGCUUGCCGACACCUUAGUUCACGCUGUGGAAAAUAAAUUUAUUUAAAUGUUUCGCCACAUAGUUUUAAUAUAUAGUAAAGAAAAUUUGAAGUACAUUGCACUUGAAUAAUCGAGUUAAAUCGGGUUUGAAACGGCAUAAUGUCGGUCAGUAUUCAAGAAGCGUAGUUUCCAAACCAACGUUUCUCUUGGCAGGAUGAAUAUACUUUGUAUAAUGCACACUGUAGUUAAAUAGAAAGUAUUAUUCGACGUGCUGCGUUGUGUUAUAUUAUCUGUUGACGAAAAACGAUCAAUGAAAGUGGCAUAAGUUAAGAAACUAAGUAAAAUUUGUCAUUCUGUUAAUCUUUUGCUAAUGGGUAAUGGGAAUAUAAAAAUACAGCAGCAUAUAUUGCAGAUUUGCAACGUAAUGAAUUAAAUAGGUAGUUAGAUAUCACUUAUAGUAUAACCGUUAUUAAAAGAGUAUAAUAUAAAAUUAAAUUUGGUUCCGUCUGUUGGAUAUAUGUUCUUAUUGCAUAAAUCCUUUCCUGUUGAACAGAGAGCCGGAAAUGUAUGUAUGUACACUAACUUACGCAUGCCGCAUACUUGUCAAUUUAAACUAGAUAACUGAUGACAAUAUCGCGGUUCAAAACCGCGCGUGCAUGUGUAUAUAAUAGAAGUGGGCAAAUGUUUAAUUUCGUUUUUUAUUUUCCUAAAUCCAAUCAAUUUAUACGUAUUGUAAUAUAUUGUAAAAAUAAAAUUCCUAGUAAUCAUCA